AUGCGCAUCGUUCUCGUCAUUUCACUAGCUGCUGCAGCUCUCGCCGAGAGUGCGUCGUCGUCCACGCUAAAUGCGGCGUCUCCAGUUUCUGCAGUUGACGGUCAAGACGUUGGGUCUGUCAAGACGGGGUACUUGCGAUCUGGUGUGCCGGAUGAAGGCAGGACGCUCAGUUUUCCCGCCGUUACCGACAAUCUGCAGUCACUGACGAACAAAGUUGGUAGCCUUGUUUUCUCUAUCGAGCAUCGUGCCGAAAAACGGUUUGUCGAGGCGAAUAUAAAAACGAUCAUGAAACCCGACUUCUUCAAUUCACAAAUCUUCCGACAGUUUCGUGAAAUUGUGCAAGGAAAAACCAAGGUGAGGGAUCCGAACAGGGUAAUGCUGGAUCUGCUGUUGCCUUUGCAUGAAGACAAAGUUGCUUUGGCUAGAAGGCUGGAAGCUGACCUUAGGAUGGAAGCAUGGAAAUUUAACGCUGCCCUUCAGGCAGGGGGGGUGAAGGUUGUCGAGAGGUACGAGGCCCGUGACUUGCUCAACACUUUGAUGAGUGUUAUGGUGGAAGAGAGCAAGUCCAUAAACGACAUAUUUAGCGCAAAACUCAGACUUGGUGCCAUACCGGAGGAUGAAGAUGCAAUAUGGGACCUCGCCAUCUUGACCAAAUUCGUCAAACUGUACGACCUGCACAAACCCAAGGAGCGCGAGACUUUGCUGAAAAAGAAGUUGCCGCUACUGUAUGAAGGAGAAGAUGUGUUAAAUCAGAUCAAGCUACCGGAGGAGCCGAAUCCGAUGCUGGACCGACUGGGACGUAAACUAUUUCCAAUGUGGCUGGCGCAAGAGAAGAAGCCUGAUGACGUGGAGAUGCUUCUUCAGGCGAAGAACACCGAAAGUUUGUUCAGCGCUGCCUCGAAACUGUAUCAAAGGUACGAGGUUGUUUAUAAACAACUCGAACCGAAUCUCAUAACGAAGGAAAAGCUUUAG